CCCUCAGUCCCUCUCUUCCACGAACAGACCUUCCGCCCAAAAAAACCACAAUCAAAAAAAAACUUAGAAAAUCCAUAAAAAAUGUCUUCUUCUCCCGAGGCAUCUGUCGCUCAGCCCGCCCAGCAGGCACCUGCUUCGCCUGAACAGGCCCAGCAGCAGCAAUCCAACAACAGCGAGGACAAGAACAGCGACAACCGUUCUGCUGGCUCGCUCUACGUUGGUGAGCUCGAGUCCUCCGUCACGGAAGCCAUGCUGUUUGAGCUCUUCAAUGGCAUUGGUCCCGUUGCUUCCAUUCGUGUUUGCAGGGAUGCCGUCACCCGUCGUUCGCUUGGUUAUGCCUAUGUCAACUUCAACAACUCUCAAGACGCCGAACGCGCGCUCGAGGAGCUCAACUACACCCUCAUCAAGGGAAAGGCAUGUCGUAUCAUGUCUUCCCAGCGUGACCCUCACCUUCGCAAGACUGGAUCUGGCAAUGUCUUCAUCAAGAACCUCGAUGGCGCCAUCGACAACAAGGCUUUGCAUGACACAUUUUCUGCCUUUGGCAACAUCCUUUCGUGCAAGGUCGCUACCGAUGAUCUCGGCAACAGCAAAGGUUUCGGUUUCGUGCACUACGAAACAGACGAGGCUGCCGCUGAAGCCAUUAAGCAUGUGAACGGUAUGCUGCUCAACGACAAAAAGGUGUAUGUCGGUGCACACGUCUCGCAGAAGGAGCGCAUGUCCAAGUCUGAGUCGAUGAAGCAAAACUUCACCAACAUUUACGUCAAGAAUGUCGAUCUUGAGGUGACGGAGGAGGAGUUCAAUGAGCUCUUUGCAAAGUACGGUAAAGUCACGUCAUGUGCUCUUGCGCGUGAUCAGGACGGUGCUAGCAAAGGAUUCGGCUUCGUCAACUAUGCUUCUCAUGAAGACGCCGCCAAGGCUGUUGAGGAGCUCAAUGACACUGAGUUCAAGUCCAAGAAGCUUUAUGUCGGUCGUGCACAGAAGAAGUAUGAGCGUGAGGAGGAGUUGCGUCGAUCGUACCAGCAGGCCAAGAUGGAGAAGAUGCAAAAAUACUCGGGCGUCAACCUCUUUGUCAAGAACCUCGAUGAUGAGAUCGAUGACGAGAAGCUCCGCGAGGAGUUUGCCGUCCAUGGAACCAUCACCUCCGCCAAAGUUAUGCUUGACGAAGCUGGUAAAUCCAAGGGCUUUGGCUUUGUUUGUUUCUCUUCCCCGGAAGAAGCCACCAAGGCCGUCACGGAGAUGAAUCAGCGAAUGCUCAAUGCCAAGCCAUUGUAUGUUGCCCUUGCUCAGCGCAAGGAACAGCGUCGUGGCCAGCUCGAAGCACAGAUUGCCGCUCGAAACAACUUGCGCAUGCAGCAGGCUGCCGCGCAUGGUGGAUUCCCUGGUGUGCCUAUGGGUGGCUAUUACGGUGCACCUAUGCAACCUAACGGUUACUUCGGCGGUGGUGGCGCACCUGGACGUAUGGGUCCUCAAUUUGGUGGUAUGCCCGGUGGUUAUCCACAACAAGGUGGACGUGGCGGCUAUGCUGGUCAAGGCCGUGGUGGUAUGCCUAUGCAAGGUAUGUACCCACCCAUGCAGCAAGGUGGAUAUCCUCAAGGUUACCCGCAACAACAACCUUACGGCAUGCCUAGGGGUGGUGGUCGCGGUGGCGCAAUGAGGCAGCCUACUGGACCUCGUGCUGGUGGUAUGAUGCCGCAAGGUAUGAUGCCUCCUCAGAUGAUGCAACAGCAAGGAGCCGGUGCAUUUGAUAUGGGUGGUCUCAGCAGUGCUUUGUUGGCAGCUGCUACACCAGAGAACCAGAAGCAGAUGCUCGGUGAGGCGCUGUAUCCCAAAGUCAUGGAGCACGAGCCUGAGCAGGCUGGUAAGAUUACGGGUAUGUUGUUGGAGAUGGACAAUGCCGAGUUGCUCAACUUGAUUGAGGAUGAUGCGGCAUUGAAGCUCAAGGUGGACGAGGCGCUCAAGGUGCUGCGUGAGUUCAAUGAGAGUGCACAGGCUGAGGGAGGUGCUGAGGAGGAUGACCAGGGGGAGAGCAGUCCUGCUGAGACGCCUGCUGACAAGACAGAGUAGAUUGUUUUGGCAUCGAUUUCUUGGACGUAGAGCAAGCGAUUCAUGGGUUCUGUCG